CUCCCUGCAUGUCACAGAGUCAUUCCAUUACACUAGAGGCUCCGCCACGGGUCCUCCUGGACAAUCUCCUUUCUGGCCUGACUUCUGCUGAGAGGGCUGCGGGGACCCUAAGCCUGAGCUCUCAGCACCAGCAGAACAUGGGGUGGCCACACCCCUGGCUUUCCCUCCAGAGCACACCUUCCUGACAGUGAAUCUCCUCGUGUUAGCAGUUUUGCGAUCCCGAUAGGCUGAGAAGUUCCCAAAACAUCAAGUCUUGUUUUCCUUUCCAUAGCAGGUUCUCUCCUCAAUUUAUCUUACCCCUCUCACAUUUUACUCGGAGCAACAGAAAGAAACCAGGUCCUGUCUUCAACACUUGGCUUCGAAAUCCCUUCAGCUAAAUGUCCACAUUCACUUCUAAUUCAGCUAAGCUUUCUGCCAUGCCAAAUUCCCCACCCCUCACCCACUACCUAAUGGGCAUAGGUUAAAAGGUAUAGGUACUUUUUUUGCUUAAUUUGAAAGGAAGAAUAUUUCCGAGUGAAAAACAGACGCGAUUGUAGGUUGUGUAAAAUGGCAUAGCUACAGAUAUUUUUUAAGCAGAUAUAAAACAGCCAUACUUGAGAAGGGUUGGAAGGGAUAUAGGUAAAUUGUUUCCAUGAAACUCCAUUAAUAUGAUUAUAGUUUUAAUUAAUUAGCUAGCAAGACAUUAGUAAAGUCUUCAUUUUUCAUAAAAUUGAAGUAGCUUAAAUAAUUCUAGUAUAAAGCAAGAAAAAGUAUCCCCAGGUAACUGGCUAAGUAACACCUUUUAGUUCCAAUGUGGUUAUGAUGUCACUGACUCUGUCCAUGAAUCACUGACUGCUGAUGUCACAAUGAUCAGCAGUGUUUAUUUUCCCAAGUAGAAAGACUACCUUCCGUGUUCUUCUUAACUAGUACUCAGGGCAUCCCUGCUCUGUCUCUGAUCAGAGUUUUGGCCAUAGAUUUUUUUUUUUAUCACAAUUGAGAAAGAUGUCCAUUCAAGAACUACCCCUGAUGUUUCUUCUGUUGUGUGCCUGCUUAUUGAAGGAAAAUUCCUGCAUUUGUGAUGGAACUAUCUGGGCUAAGGUUGGAUGGGAGAUAUUUCCUGAAGAAAUGCUUUAUCUAAAAGUUGAACCUUCUCCAUCUCACUGUCUACCUUACCCUAUGGACAAACUAUGGUGCAAUUUUAUUAAUAUGGAUGUAAUUGCGAGUCUUGUAUAUCUCAUAUGUAUUUUAGGACAAGCUAUCUCUCUAAUCCUGCUUGCUUUAUCUGUGCAUUACCUGUGGAUGAAGUGGAAGAGACACAAGAAAGAGCUGAAAAAACAAGCCUCCAUAGACACAGUUGGUAAUGAACCAGAAAGCCAGUCCAUCAAUGACAUAGACACACUACUCUUCAAACUGUUGGCCACGACAUCCAUGAUGAGUGAGUACCUGGACCGGAAGGCCCAGCGUCCUUCGUCUAAGAAAUUCAAGCACGGAAAGCUCAAGUACAAGAACCGAGGAGGAACCAGAGAACACCAAAAACAUGUGAAUGUGGUUCUGUCCAAAAUGGAGACCACGCAAAGCGCCUAGAAGAGAACUCGUAUAAGGUUCAAAAUGGUUCUCUGUGAGCCUUUCUCAUUUUUUUGCCACAUUCUUUACUGAAAUUUUGCAAAGAAGUCCAAGUUAAAGAUAUUUCUAUUCAGCUGAAAAGGCAUCCAUACUUUCUAACGUACUGGGGAAAAGACGGCCCACAGUCACUACUGCAGAUUUAAGUAUUUUGUUCUUUUUAAUGCAUCACAUUACAAAUCAUUAAUCGAUCUUUAAAUUAGAAUCUUUAGUGUUUUAACAAAUCUCCAAUUUAAAUAAUAUUUGUGACUUUUCUUGCUUUCCUGAGCAAAUGUUAUGGCCACAAGAAAACUUAAUUUCUCAUCUCAGAUGCCCUUUGCUAGAAUAGUAUGCAAGUAUCAAGUAACAGA